AUGCACAAUGCAAUCGAUGAAGCAUAUCUUGGGCCGCAAUUUGCUGAGUGGUCUCUUGACUCUGACUCAACGAUCGAGAUGCCAAAUCGUGGGGGCGCACCGUGGGGGUUGGAGAGCAUCUCCCCAAUAUUCCGAGUCCACGAAAACUCCACCUGGCGCCAGCACAUUGAGUUUCUCUGGAACUUUCUGAGAACCGAUUUCCAGGUCAACGCCAAUACUAGCUGUGGCACUCAUGUGAAUCUUUCACGGGCAGGUGGUUAUAGCAUCGCCGACCUGAAGAAGAUCUGUCAAAGCAUUAUUCAUUUUGAACCCGCAUUUGAGGCCCUGUUGCCUGAGGACCGAUUAUCAAACGAAUACGCGCGAAGUAAUUGGCUAGACAAUACAAACUUUGGUCAUCAAAAUUUGUCUCGAAAGCAGAGUAUUGCCGCAAUUCAACGUGCUUCCAGCAUGAGAGAAUUGGUUCUCCUCAUGAAUCCGAAUCAUGACAAGAUGUUUGGAUGGAAUUUCCUUUAUCUUCUGAACAGCCCCAAUGGAACCAUUGAGUUCCGGAGGGGCGCAGCCUGCACGUCGGCACAGCAAGUUUUCGUCUAUAUUGAGAUCGCCAUGUCAUUCAUCGAAGCGGCCAUUCAGCUGGGCACCAUGGAAAAUCUUGAAAGGGUACCGGGCACUGUUGGUAGUCUCAAGCGGUUCAUCAGCGCUGCACGCCUCCCGAACAAUGUUCCUGGAUUAUACGACUCAAGAUAUCUAUCCUUGUUUUUUGGCAACAAGAGCGAUAGCACAUUCCGCGAACCAAAGCCGCUGGGAAGGCUCUCGGCCUAUCAGCUUAGUAAAUUAAGGAAAAAGAAGGAAGACGACAAGAAGCAGAACGUAGCAAUGGUGAAGAUGCUGCGUGAGCCAUACUGGAGCUAG